AGUUGCGAGUCGUCGUUAUUGUUUCUUUCGGUUUACGUCGGUUGUUACCGGGCAACCCGCAACCCUUUUCAAGCUUCUUCAUCACAGGAAGAAACCAGCGUUUUUAGGGUUUACUUUCCGGUAGCAGAAUCACGAAGAUGGCGUCUUUCGCGUCUCUCAAGUCGGCAAUAUUCGAUAAAGAAGCGAGAAAACAGCAGUAUCAAGCUCACAUACGAGGGCUUAACGCUUACGAUCGCCACAAGAAAUUUGUGAAUGACUAUGCUGGCUUCUAUGGGAAAGGUCAACCCGCCCCAGAAAAAUUGCCUGUAAAGACUGAUCAAGAUACUCUUAGAGAAGGAUACAGAUUUAUACGGUCUGAGGAAGAUGAUUUGGAUCCAUCUUGGGAGCAAAAAUUGGUGAAGCGGUACUAUGAUAAGCUUUUCAAAGAAUACUGCAUUGCUGAUAUGUCACAGUAUAAGAGUGGAAAGAUUGGCCUGAGGUGGAGGGUGGAAAAGGAAGUUAUAUCAGGGAAAGGACAGUUUGUAUGUGGGAACAAGCAUUGUAAUGAAAAGGAUGGACUUGCAAGUUACGAGGAAAGUGUGAAUUUUUCAUAUUUCGAAGCAGGAGAAAACAAACAGGCCCUGGUGAAACUAGUAACUUGUGAGAGAUGUGCUGAGAAGCUUCUUUAUAAGAAGAGAAAAGAGAAGGAACAAUUGAGGAAAAGAGAGAAGGAAGAGCUCCCAAAAAAGAGGGAAAGGUCAGAAAGUGGUGAUGACACUGAUACAGGAUAUGGGAGGAGCAAAGAGAGGAGAAGAGGAAGACAGGAUUCAACUUCAGCAAGUGGUCGUAAGAGUGACGAAGGAGAAAACUUUGACGAGUUUCUUGAGGGUAUGUUUCCCUGAUUCUUUGCCGAAUGAAGCAUUCCUACUUGAAAUUGCCUUCAUCCUUCUGGUACGGUGAAAUGUUAUUAUAAUCAGAGCUGAAAUUUGAAUGUUGUACAAUUAGUACUAUUGCAAAGACAAAACCAUCAGUUUAUCAUGUUUUAUCAAUUGUAAAGCAAAUAUUGCUUGCUUUAA